CAUAUUUCCCGACGGUCCGUGAAGGCGGCUUGUGCUCUGACUGGUAACCAGCAUGGAGAGAAAAGUGCUCGCGAUGCAGGCGAGGAAGAAGAGGACAAAGCCCAGGAAGCCUGGAAAGAAACCAGAGCCUCAUGGUCGUGGUGGCGGCUCUCAGCCGGGUCAGGGAGACUCUCCCCUCCCAGAGCAGGAUGAGGAGAUCCUGGGCUCUGAUGACGACGAGCAGGAGGACCCCAAUGACUACUGCAGGGGUGGAUAUCACCAUGUGAAAAUCGGAGAUCUCUUCAACGGGAGAUACCAUGUGAUCCGUAAGCUGGGCUGGGGCCACUUCUCCACUGUGUGGCUGGCCGCGGACAUCCAGGAGAAGCGUUAUGUGGCCAUGAAGGUUGUAAAAAGUGCUGAGCAUUACACAGAGACCGCUCUGGAUGAGAUCAAGCUGCUCAAAUCUGUAAGGAACACGGAUGCCAACGACCCCAACAGAGAUAAAGUGGUGCAGCUUCUAGAUGACUUCAAAAUUUCCGGCAUAAAUGGGUCCCAUGUGUGCAUGGUAUUUGAGGUGCUGGGAUAUCACCUUCUGAAGUGGAUCAUCAAAUCAAAUUAUCAAGGCCUGCCACAGCCCUGUGUCAAAAGCAUCAUUCAACAGGUUCUGCAGGGUUUAGACUACCUCCACACCAAGUGUAAGAUCAUCCACACGGACAUCAAACCAGAGAACAUCCUGCUGACGGUCAACGAGCCCUACAUCAAGAAAAUGGCUGCUGAAGCUACACAGUGGCAGAAGAGCGGCGCCGCACCUCCCUCGGGUUCUGCAGUGAGUACAGCCCCACCACCCAAACCAAUGGCCAAAAUGUCAAAGAACAAAAAGAAGAAAAUGAAGAAGAAGCAAAAGAAGCAGGCAGAGCUGCUGGAGAAAAGGAUCCAGGAGAUGGAGGGAGGAGAUACAUUUGAAGUCUGUGACGACGAAGACGACGAAGAGACGACGACAGAAACCACAGAGGAUACGACUUCCUUGGCCACCUUGUCCACGUCUACCACGCUGCAAGACAUCACUAACCACGUCGUCACAGACACGUCUCCCGACAAGCAGCCCCAACAGACGUCAGAAGGAAACGAACAAAAACAGGGUUUGGCCGAGGAGGAGAACAAGAUGGACGUGAACAAGAUGGACGUGAACUUCAACGGCGUCGCCUCCAAACCGGAGAGCGAGGCCAGCCCGGAGAGCCAGGUUCAUGAGACUGAGCAGUCAACAGAGGAGAAAGAGGACCAACAGAAUGCAAACCAAGCAGAAAACGACACAGAGGCCAACGACAUAUUAAGCAACAAAGAAGAGCAUCAGACCUGCAACGGUUCACCUGAGGACCCGGAACAAAACACAGACCUGCAGCAGGUCCCCGCCUCCCUCAGCCCAGACUCUGUCACUAUAGAGAUAAAGACAGGAGAGAAAGUGGAGAAGAGGGAGGAAGAAAUGGACACUCAAGGGGAGAAAAAAAGGGAAGAAGACGAGAACAGUCAGAAUGGAGCAUCAGGCAGUAUGCUAGUUAACCCCCUGGAGCCCAUCAAUGCCGACAAGGUGCAGGUUAAGAUCGCUGACCUUGGGAACGCCUGCUGGGUGAACAAACAUUUCACAGACGACAUCCAGACGAGGCAGUAUCGCUCUCUUGAGGUGCUGAUGGGAGCCGGCUAUAGCACGCCAGCUGACAUCUGGAGCACAGCCUGCAUGGCUUUUGAACUUGCCACUGGAGAUUAUCUGUUUGAGCCCCACUCAGGAGAAGACUACUCUAGAGAUGAAGAUCACAUAGCCCUGAUCAUCGAGCUGCUCGGUAAAGUUCCCCGGAAACUGAUCUUGGCAGGAAAAUACUCCAAGGAGUUCUUCACCAAGAAAGGUGACCUGCGUCACAUUACCAAGCUGAAGCCGUGGGGUUUGAUGGACGUCUUGGUAGAAAAGUACGAGUGGACGAAGGACGAGGCGCACUCGUUCAGCACCUUCCUCCUGCCCAUGCUGGACCUGGUGUCUGAAAGGAGAGCCACAGCGGCCCAGUGCCUCUCCCACCCAUGGCUUUCAUCCUAGACGCCCCUUGUGCACGCGACCGCCCACCGAUUGUGAUGGGGAUGCAUUAGGCUUAAAGUUUCUGGGCUUGAAAAAUCCACACUAGUGUCUGCGAGAGCCUGCAUCACGCCUGCGUCCUCCUGUCCUGGAUCUCCGAGGCUCCCUACACACAUUUGAAAUUAUCUUAACAGUUAAAAGAAGACUGCUGCCUAGUCUUUGUCCUGUUAUGGAUUACACUGGUUAUAGAAGGAACUUGAGGGCCUCUCCCUAUAUUUCUGGGUCUUUUUUUCUUUUACUUGCUGCAGGGGACUCAUUGACUUUGCUUCUUCUUUUUUUUUUGCUUCUAACUCCAGCUCUUUCUCUGCAGCACAUUACUCUCUGUACUUUUAGCUAUAGAUACUGAAUUCUGUUGGAUUUUAAAAGAAAUUUGCACUUGUCUACAAUAACAGAAACAAAGAUCGCCAUGAAAGCCACAUGCUUUUGUCAUUCUGACCCGUGAGACCCAUCUUUGUUUGCCAGUCAUCACGUUAGCCGUGCCAACUUUUAUGCUUUUGACUGUCAUCUGUGUGCAAAGUGCUCAGAAUUAAUAACUGCAUAGUGCAAACAGGCAUGUAGAGCAACUAGUAACCCUCUCCGCACUGGUAAAAUAGCUUAGACCUCAAGAACCUUUUAUACAUUUGUAUACAGACAGCAGCACCGGAGUAGGAAGCGUACGUUACAUACGUCUCAUCCAUAGAUCACACUGCGUAUCGUAGGACUUGUUAUAGAUAUUCUUUUUCAACUCAGCUUUGUUUCACCCUGGUACAAUAUAAUGCGAUUCCUUUUUUUCCACAUGCAUGAACAAAAGACGGUACACUGGAUGCUGUUUCAUACCUGGAUCGUUUUUUACUUCUCGAUAGUUGCUUCAUACACCAUAACCCAUAUUACCAGUGACAGUCCAUGUGAAUCCUCAUCCUGUGUGAACAGUGUACCAAAGAGUCGGCCUUUAAUCUCUCCCUACUCACACUGUUAGCUUUGUACGGUGUUUUCUGGAGGAGGUUCUCAGCAGUGACUAUUGACGGCAGAAGCUACAAUGGUAAAGCAUUUUUUUUUUUUUAGAUACUUUUUAGAAGAAUGUCCAGGUGAUUUCCAGCCAUACAAAAGUUAAGCUUCCACUGUCUCCGCUGCACAUGGAGGUGAUGAAUUGGAAAAUACGAUUGUACUUAAUAUUGAUGCUGUAAUGAGGCUUCGGACCCAUUUUUCUUAUUUUUCUACAAAAUCUCUCCCUUCCAUGUCUCCCCCCUUCAUUUUGUUGUCAAUUUUUUCUGUAGGUAAUAAGAAUAAACAUUUUUCAAGAUCUA